GUCCAACCUGCUCUCGAUAGCAACUUAAACGUCAACUUUCGAGCGAAUACGCGUGUGACAGUUGCUCUCGAGAGAACAACUGAGUUACGAAUAAUCUUGGAAUCCGGUAACAAAUAAUUUUAUAAACUGUGAAAUGGCAAAGUACACAUGGACGCGUGAAAAGACAUUUCAGCUGAUUCAUCUGUAUGAGAAGAAUGCGCUGCUCUGGGAUAAAAAUUGCAAAGAGGGGUGCAGGAAGCGAGAGAAGAAGAUUAAAAUAAUUUCUGAUAUAGCAAACAGGUUCAACACAACAAUGGAAGAGAUAAGUAGGAAACUGCACAAUUUGAGGAAUCAAGUAUCGCAAGAAUUGAAUAGAAUGAAGAAGAAGAACAGCGAGAGUGGUACAGAUGAGAUACACACCAGCAAUUGGCCUUACUUCUCGUCCUUGAAAUUUUUAGUUCCAGGAUUAACCAAACGAUCACCUAUCGAAUAUAUGCCUACAUCGAAUAUCAUAAGUCAUAAUGGAUUACAAGAUCAAAUAUCAGGAGAAAAGGAGUCCAAUCAAUGUCCGUCUCAUGAGCAGGAAGAAAGCAAAGAGAAAAUAAUAGAAAUAUCAGAGCAGAAGAAAGGAAAGAAGCGGACGAAAUCGAUAGACGAGGAGAAUUAUAAGGAUGCUGUACAAAUUUUGUCCAAAGAACCGGACGAUUACGACACCUUCGGCGAGUAUGUAGCUAUGGAAUUGAGAAGUUUACGAUCAAACGAAAACAAAAGGCGGCUAAAAGCUGAAAUUCGGAGGGCGAUAUGUCGUAUAGCAGACAUAGACGAUGCCUCAAUCUACACCUCCGGUGCAUCGUCAAAUUCAUCACCGGUUACGUAUCCAUUGCCAUCGCCAUCAACGGCUACGUAUUAUAUACCAUAAACGACGUCGUACUUUAAUUAAAUGUUUCAAUUAACUAAAUUUGUCAAUAUUAAGUAUUACCUUUCACGCGAAUAUUACGAAAACAAGAAAAGUUUUAUUAUUAAAUCUUCUACUAUGAUACAAUGUAGGAGUACACUAACAGCUUA